CGGAAAUAGGCCGAGGCCGAGGACGUCUUCUCGGCGUCGCGUUCGGUUCGCGUUCGCCGAAUAUCGGAAACGAUGGAAGGCCGUCCGACGAUCCAUCGAUACGGGGGCGGGCCGAUCGGUCUCGGCACGCACGUCGAUACGGUCGUCUUCCGCUUCCUUUCCUGCAUGCAUCACGUAGGCGAUACUCGCGAAGCUUUUUCUGCUGCGGCCGUUGAAUCUUGCGUUUCCUCUGCGUCCAGGUGCUCGUUCUCGUGAUAUAUGCUCCUCCGAUGGGUCUAAGCGAAAGCACGUUGUGGAAGGGGAGACCCGAGGUGCGAGUGGAAUUUCAACAGGUCAGACAGGAAAACGGUCCGAGCGACCCGAGCCUCGGUCGCCGUGCAUCGCCCAAGCCGAAGAAGAGCCCUCUGGUCAGUGCGAGGAUACUUAACCGUUCGAAGCAUCAAGCUCAUGCGAAGGCGUCCGAUCGAGGCGACGGUGUGGCGAAGGAAGCGGUGGAAUCCGAUCUCCGAGAUCGGCUGCAGUCCGGAUCGAACCUGAGUGUAUGUGUGGAUCAGGAAAGAGACAGUGCCUACGGGAGCAUGGUGUCCUCGUCGAGCAAAACGCCGCUUUCGAGGAAGAAGCGCAAGGCUCGCCCCGUGGGUCGAACGAGGUCCGACAGCAUCAUCGGGGACCUCCAGGGUGACAACAGGACGUCGACCUCGUCCAAGAGACUCAGUCUCUACGAGGAGAUACAGGUCCUCGGCGCCCACGUGCCGUGGUGCGUCGAGCCGAAGUGGGAGGGGGUGGAGGCAGUCGAAGCCUCGCCGUUUCAUGCGUCGUGGGUUCCGUGCGAUUUCGAGUAUACCAUUCCCAACGAGGCCCUGGUGAGAGAACAGCGCUUUCGGGCCAUCCGGCAGGUGGUGGAGGAGUUUUCGCGCUGGGAUUGGGAAAGCAUGUCCAAUGUGCCCACCAUCUGCCUCAUGGGAGACGACGGAGGUCGCGUGUCCGUGGAAGAAGCGUCUCAUCAUCCAGAUUGCCGAUACACGUGCCACGAGCGAUGCCGAGAGAAGGUGGCUCUGGUCUGUAAGGAGAAGGAGAGCAAGAAGAUCUUUGAUGAAGAUAAUGAACAACCCGUGAAUCUCCUUGUUAACCUUGAGAAUGGUCACGGAGCACUUGAGGAUGAGAAGAAGGGAGAAGGAGAAGAGGAUGAUGGAGAAAAGACUCUAGUCUCUACUGAUGAUAUCUCAUCUGUGAUAACUAUUCAUGGCAAAGAGGAUGGAGAGGAAGAAGAGCUGGAGAGACAGCCCAUAUCUCUUUCAGCUCAGACCAUGGAAAAAAUCACCAAGUACAACUUCCAUGCUCCUGCUGGCUUCCACAUGGCUGUUGAGGAGGAUGGGAAGACAUAUAGAGGAUUUGUCCACAUCCACUUGAAUGUCUGUCGUCCCAUCAAUGUGGCAGCUGGCACCAGGCCCCCGUCCAUUUAUGACAUCUUGAACCCAGAUGCCACGAUGGAGAAAGGAACUUUGACAUCAUUCUAUCUUCCAAGAGGCUCCAUCAAGGCCAUCCACAUCAACAGUGAGAUGACAGCUCAGGAAGUCAUAACUGCCCUCCUGAAGAAGUUCAAAGUUGUUGAUGACCCCCGCAAGUUUGCCCUAUAUGAGAGACAGGUUCAGCCAGGCCUUGAGUCUAGCAAGGUGCGAAUGAAAAGAUUGAACGAUGAUGAAAAACCAUUGAAAUUGGGAUUAGAUUGGCUUGCAAAUGGAGCCACCAACAAGCAGUUCAUCCUGCAGGAAAAUGACACUGGAGAAAUUCUUUGGGAUGCAUUCACUUUGCCUGAGUUAAACAAUUUCCUCCGCAUUCUGGACAAGGAGGAGGAAGAAUAUCGACAGAAGAUCUACAUGAAAUUUGAGAGCUUUCGUUCUCAGAUUCAGAAACACGUAGAGUUCCUCAAAUCUACACCAUCAUCAUCCUCUCCUUCCUCUACCAUGAAAGUCUCAUGAUUUUGGUCCUUCGUAUUAGCUCGAUUGGAUCGUUGGGAUCCCCUAAGUGUGAUCAUAUCUGAUUUCAUGUUCCUGGUGUCAUAAGGUGAAAAAAAGAAGAGACAGAAGAUAUCAUUUCCAUGUGAAUGAUGUGAUAUACCUCUGUGGCAGCUGUUUUCAGUAAAUGGUUAUCAUGAUGAGGAAUGAUUCACUCCAGGCAGCACUAGGUAUAUUACAGCAAAUGUCUGUUGAUUAUUGAAUGACAGCUUGCCCUGUGGCAUCUCCUAAAGUAUGUCUGCCAUCAUCCUACUUGGAAUACUAGUUCAUAAUAAGAAAGAAAAAGGUGAUAACAGGGCAAGAUCUCAUGUAUGUUGUGCCAUGGUGCAUGCUUGGGAAGCCUGCCUAUAUCAUUAGAUUCAUAUUGACACUGAGAAAGUAUUUUAUAUUGGUCUGUGAAGCAAUGUGGAAAUGCAAUUGCAUUGUAAAUGCUUUUGGUGCUUCUCCCAGAGUCCAUAAGAAGACUGGUCAUUCUACCUCUGCCAGGCAUCAUAUCAAAGUUGCAAGGGAACACUGAAGUUUUUCAGAUAUCUCUGAAUAUAAAGUGAAGAUUAGUUGGAUGAUCGGUGGUCAUCUUGCAAGCUUCACAAUUCUCCCACAAGUCAAAUUUUUGGGCUUUACAGCAUCAGUUGCAAGUCAGAAUGGCCUGCAUGGACUAGGCAUGUUUGAAUAUUCAUCUGGAAUAGGUCAAAAGUGUUUCACCCCAGAGUGUAAUAGUGACUGUAACUGAUUGUGAAGAUUUGCACUCAUUUACUAUCUAUUCCUCAGGUGCAAUGCCCCAUGAAUCUAAUCAUCUGAGAAUAACAACCUUGAUUUUUCUCCCAUGACUUGGAAAACUAUUUUUUGAUGUUACUGCACAUUGAAAAACAUGGUGCAAAAAAGAGAUGUGGACAAAGGAAAAGAAAGAAGUGAAAAUAUGAAAAAUGCAUGCAUAUGUGGGUCUGGGUAUGGCUAUGAGCUUGUAGGCAUCUUGGGCCUGUGUGUUACUCUUUCUGCCUUUUAUAUAAUCUGAAGGGCUUUCAGCCUCUUUGUACAUUCACUCACAUGCUAUGGUUCAAUUUCUUGAUGCCAAGCAUCAAGAUGUUGCGUAGCAGGUGCAUCUUGUAACUGAAGGUUUUCAGUAUAAUCAGAUUUGACCAUCAUCAUUGAAGAUGGGAAUUUGAUCAACUUGGAUCCAUCUCUGCCUCCUGUAUGGCAGGUAGAAACCUCUGGCUCCUAAUAUAAACCUAUAGACAGGAACGAUUGACUUAGUUUCUGCUCGUCUGGAGAACUAGAAAUUUUUGCUUCUAAAUCAGUAAAGGAAAUAAGAAAAGUUGAGAAGUUUCUACACCAAAUGUUGAAACAACUGGAAGGGUCAAGUACUAUUGCUUUCUGACUUUAUGAAGUCAUGCAGUUCCAGAUCUGAGCUGAUAAACCAGUCUUUCUAUGGACCCUAUUUGAAACCAUCUGCUGCUGGAGGAAGUCCUUUCACCUGCACACUUCAGCAGAAGCAGUGUUCCUGAUGAUUUCAUUACUAGCUGAUAGCAGCCAUUUCCUGUUUUGUCCUGCAAAUUUGAGUCCAAUAUGCUAGGAACUGUUGAAAAGGUCACCUCUGAUCAUCUGAACUGAUGAAUUUAGGAUCAUACUAAAUU